AUGGUGAGGGUAGUGCUCGUGACCGACGAAGAAAGCGCUGUCGUCGCGAUGAAGGCAAGUUGCCAAAACAUUUCGAUUUUGGAUAUCCGAAGGUUGGAAGCAACAGCAGCGGACGACGGCCCCGUGCUCUGCGACAGUGAGGAUGAUGUGUCAACCUCUUUCGAUAACUUCGAGAAGCCAGCCGCCAGCAAUGGAGACGCGUACCUCUACUACACGUCGGGUUCUUCGGGAGAACCAAAGGGGGUUUCCUCUGGUCACGGCCCCAUGGUGAAUCGCCUCCGCUGGAUGCGAGAGCGGUGGCCAUUCGCAGAGGACGAAGUAUGCUGCCAACGGGUGGAACACGUUUUCAUCGACUUCGUCGCGGAGGUUUUUGGCCCACUGUCGUGUGGCAUUCCGAUUAUCGUCGUGCCGUCCGCGGUGCGGAAGAACCCAGUGCUGUUGAAAAGUUUUAUCAUCAACCACGGCGUUACACGGAUAACGUUGGUCCCGACGCUGGCAAGACGUGUUGCCGAAGCAGCACUUAUGGUGCCUUCCAACUUCGGGAUGGCCUCCGAACGUAGCAUCUCGGCGAAGAUGAACGACGAAAACCACGGUUCUACGACGACGGGAGGACUUGCGUUUUUCAAGAACGUUCGGCUUUGGAUACUCUCUGGGGAAGCGCUGCCGUGGGCCGUGGCCCGCAGCCUAGCACGGCUCUCCAUGCCUAAUUCAACUCUGCUGAACCUCUACGGAUCUACUGAGGUGGCGGCAGACAUUACUUUUUUCAGUUUGAGCUGUCAAAGUGAUGCCUUGGCCACGAGCGACGGCAAACAAGGCGCAGAGGAACGGGUCAGGAACCCGCCUAGCGUUCCCAUCGGUCGACCUAUCUCUAACUGUGGCGUGGAGCUAUUGGAGGUGGCGCAACAUCACAAGCGACGGGAUGAAAUACCCACGCGCGACGAAAGCCCGCCGCAAAGCCUGCUCAGGAUCGGUCCCGAAGAACAGGGGCGUGUGGGCAUGCUGUACGUGUCGGGGGCUGGGCUAGCGCGUGGGUACUGGGGGAGACCGACGGCGACGCGAGAAUGCUUCCCCUCUUACACGUGGGACUCGGCGUCUUCGUGUUACGAACUUUGUUCAAGCGAUCCUACGGAGGCCUUGCCCUUGCAUGUGAACACCCCGACGUUACAACCACAUGGUGACGGAGACGCGCGUGGUGAUGGUGAAGACAUCAAAUCUGGGUGUCAACACGGGCAGAAAGUUCGAUUUUUCUGUACAGGUGACCUGGCAUCGUUCGAAAGAAGCCAAAAAGGCGGAGGGUGGAGUCUUGUGUGCCGGGGACGCCUUGACCAACAGAUCAAGAUCAAUGGUCGCAGGUUCGACUUGUCAGAGGUGGAGGCUUGCCUUAUUCAGUCCGGGGGCGUCACCCUGGGAACAGCCGUCGCUCUAACCGAACAGCACGGUGGCGGCGGUAAGGAAGGCUCCGAUUCGGGGGUUGGAGACGUAGUCGGCGUGGUAGUUUCACCCGAGACAGUGGACACCGAUCUUGUCCUGGCCGAGUGCCGACGCUGCCUGCCGAGUUUUGCAGUACCGCAGAUCGUCGUUGCAGUCUCGACCAUGCCAACCCUCCUGGGUAGCGGGAAAGUGGAUCGUCGGGAGGUACGGAGGAUGGUUUCCAAACAUUGGCAUCAUCAUCGCGGAAUUGCCAGCAGCGAUGGUUCCGACCAGGUGGUAUCUGGCACCCGCCAAGGAUCGACAAGCGUCCGUGACAUCAGUGUCGAAAAGGGGAUGAGUCUCAUCAACGAGGCCGUGGUACGCACGAUUCAGUCCUACGACCGUCUGGAUAUGCUUGCCGAGCGAAACCAGAUUGGCGACGACAGCAACCUGUUUGUGGAAGUGGGUCUUUCUUCUGUUCAAGCAGUACGCCUUGUGCACGAGCUCCGACGCAUUUUUUCGUGCAAUGUAGGCCUGAUGGACUUGUACUCGCACCCGAGCGCCCGAGCGCUGGCUCAGUGGCUGGCACUGACUGUUGGCGCCGAAGCUGAGGAUGACAAGACACAGCAGUGUGGUGACGUUGUAGCCGGAGAGGAACGGCUGCAGACCUUCGGCGUCGCCGGGUGUGCGCGUGUCAAAGGUGGCAGCAUUGGCACGAGCAACGAUAAAGAGGGUGGUGACGAACGCGGAGCUUUAGACAGCGCUAGCGAUACGGGCGCAACCUUUACCAUUCGGCCAAUCACCGAGACCGUACUGAUGGAGACGCGGGCCCUCGUCAGCAGCGUCUUUCUGAACAACGAGCCCCUUCUCUCGUCGAGGUUCGCCCGUUACCGUGCUACUCUGGGUCCGGUGGGAGCCGCGGUUGUUCGGCAAUGCCACAAGCAGUUGGUUGGCCGCAGCAUUGAUUCGCUCCGGCGGGGUGGGGGGCGAGUGUUGGUUGCGACCGACAAUACCAGCGGGCAAGUCCUUGGCUUCACCAUCGGAACAGAGCUGACUGAAUCCGCCCAGGGCUCAGGUUUCCUCGCGAGCAGCGUUGCUGAAGCAGGGAAUCCAUGGGGAGAAACGGGGGCAGGAAGAAGUGGGCCCACGAGUUUUCGCCGUCGCACCGGCACGACGCCGUGGCAGAAGAGUACAGAAUUCCUGUUGGGAUUGCCACUCCAGCCAAUGCUGCGACCGGUUUCCGCCCUGGUCAUGGAGCUCCUAAGCAUAUACCAGUACGAGAGAGGGUGGGCUUAUGCGCCGGGCGAUGUCAUGUAUAUAUCAGAGACAGGGUGUCGCCCGGGCCAACGAGAGAUGGGCAAGGGAACGAGCCAGCACCGGGUAGAGAGGGUGGCUGGAGGUAAAACAAGCAAUACAGGCAACGGCGGGGUGCAAACUGCUCUCAUGGCGGAGAUGCUAGAACGGCAACUUCUACGCGAUGCAUCCGCCGGGGGGUUUCUCCGCGCCGUGACCAUCUGCACAAAUGCGGUCACCGCACAUGUUGCUCGCGAGCUAGGGUUCAGAGAAGUAGCCCGGAUAUCUCCCGUCCAGACGUACCACCCUCUCGAUGACCAAACUUCGGAGGGUUCGCCUUGGCGGUGUCUUUCGCGAAGAAAAGCGCCGGCGUUGUUUUCAGCGGGUGAACACUCUGCCACUGCGCACGGGCGAGAGCGCAGCACACAACCGGGACCCUUCGCACGGGUGGCGGAAGAGCAUGCCGACGUCAUUUUGUUUGAGAAAGUUCUUGCGCCAGGUGUGCCGCCGGGAAUGCUCUUAGGGUGCCGGCGGCAACAGGCAGGGAUAAUCGCCAAACAUUCUGCGGCUUCGCUCACCGCACACUCCGACACCGCCACCGACGAUGGAUCUGACACACCUCGAAUCCAUGCUGUCGCUUUCGCUGCGGGCGAGCGUUGGCAGUUGGUGCAGGCUGGACGGGGCACUGGGCAGCACUAUAGCGAGAUGUUGGCGUUGCUGGCACGUAGUCUUCCCGGCCUAGCCUCAUCUGGACGGGCUACAAGGUACAUGAUCGAGGAUGAAGAGAAAGGGCAGGCCGCCUUCCUUCUCUUGACUGCUCCAGCGACGGCCUGUGGAUCAGGAACGCCCGAAGAAGCAACAGCAGUAGUGGCUUCGUCGACGAAAACAGCACUAGAAGAACCAGGGCAGGUUGACGCUCCCGAUGGUGCAGCACGCGCUGAUGAAGAUCCAGCGUGGACGGUUGCGGCGUGCAUGUCUUGGCGUCGGUACACGAACCCACGCGGCGGGGACAACUUGCAGGAGCCGGUAGAGAGGGGUGCCGGAGACGUCGUGUCCAUAGAACGGAGGAUUGAGAACGAAGAACCACCAGCGAAAAGCGUCAUGCCAGCCCCUUCGCGAGAAUUGUUGGUUUUAGCUGUUGAAAGCCGCUGGCGGUACCGAGGGCUGGGAGCGGCGCUGGUUGCACGUGUACUAGCAGAGGCCCGCGAGGUUGGAGACUCUCACGUGCGUGUCCGCGCACUUUCAGAAAGUGUGGGUUUCUACGAGCGGCAUGGGUUUCGGGCCGUAGACGAUGAAGGAUGUUUCAGGGCGGGAAAAGAUUUGGAAGGGUCGGUGCGAGGUAGUGACGGGGAGUGUUUAUUGGUUCAUGACCUUGGGCAGGUACUUCACCGUUAUUCGCGGUAGAUACGAGGGUCGACUGUGGUUGGUUUUUAUAGAGGAGAUAUAAUCCCCACGAUUGCGGUUGUUGGGUGGUGUGAAAAGGUUGGACGCGUGCACAUAUCUAACCCAUGUCCUAU